AUGGAGUCGACCGCGCGUCCAUUCGUUCUCGAUAACACUCUUGGAGCAGCCUUUGUUGGAAUGGUAGUCGCAGCAACACUGCAUGGCGUCUCAUGUGUACAAACGCUGUACUACUUUACUCACCAAACGGACCGAUGGCCCACCAAACUCCUCGUAGGGUCUGUCAUGUUUUUCGACACCGUUCACCAAGCUUUGAUUACCCACACUGUAUAUACCUACGUGGUCACGGAUUGGGGAAAUCCGAGGAUGUUGGACAACCUUGUCUGGAGCCUCUUGGUUGAGGUUCUGUUCAAUGGUUUGACUGCGCUUCUUGUCCAGAGCUUUUUGACUAUGCGCGUGUGGAAGAGCAAUGAGCAGUCGGAACUAUCUUCUCACCGGGCUCGUGGUGCGUCUCGCGAGCAACCUCAGAUCACGCCCUCCAUGAUUAACAGGUCUUUGAAGUCUUUAUUGGUCGUCGCCGAAUUUGUAUGCGUCCUAGUCUUCACCGCUGUGUCCAUGCGCCUGGAAACCUUCACCAAACUGGCCAACCUCGAGAUCCUCUUCUCUGUGAACACCGGGUUCUUGACGAGCCUUUGUGCAGUCGCUUCGUUGAUCUCCAUCACAGUAGCCGGGCACACCUUCCUAUACAUCGCCUUCUUCUUCUGCAUUGGUCGACUGUAUACUAACUCCCUCCUCGCGACGCUCAACGCCCGCAAAAUGAUUCGAGGCUCUGCAGAUGGAAUUCAUACCACCAGCGAAAAUAUCUCGUUGCACAAGUAUGGAGGUGGAGCGUCCCGCGUUAGUCCCUCGUUCGUUAGUCCAAGUAGGCAUCACGCUACCAACAUCUCUAUCAAGAUCGAUACGACGAAGGAAUUCGCGACGGACUCUGACCCGGAUAUGGAGGCCAUGAACGAAAAGUCGAUGCGGAUGAGCAUUAACGAUAUGCCGUCGCUGGCGAGGAACGACACUAUUCCCCACCAUUACACCACGGAGAAAGAGCCCGGCGUCGUCUCGAUCUGA